AUGAAGAAAAAGAUCAGGGUCGUAUUUGACUGUGCAGCUACAUUCCAGGGAACAUCGCUGAAUGCGCAGCUCCUACAGGGACCAGAUCUUACCAGCACACUGGUUGGAGUCAUGACAAGAUUCAGAAAGGAACCUGUUGUACUCAUGGCAGACAUUGAAGCCAUGUUUCAUCAGGUUCGAGUACCAGCUGAGGAUUCAGAUCUGUUGAGGUUUCUCUGGUGGCCAAAUGGAGAUCAUCAUCAGAACUUAGAAGAGCACAGAAUGGUUGCACAUCUGUUUGGAGCUACAUCGUCGCCAAGUUGUGCUAGUUUUGCCUUUAGAAAGUGUGCAGAGGACCAUCGGGAGCAGUUCAGCCCCAAAGUAAUCAACACUGUCCUGCACAAUUUCUAUGUUGAUGAUUGUCUAACAUCUGUGGUCUCAGAGGAGGAGGCAGUGGCACUCUAUCAUGACCUUUGUGCCCUUUGUGCUCAUGGGGGUUUUCAUCUCACAAAGUGGAUUAGCAACAGACGUACCGUGCUUGCUGCUAUACCUUCGAUAGAGAGAGCGAAAGAAGUUAAGGAUCUGGACUUGGAUAAUGACACACUCCCUGUGGAAAGAGUAUUGGGCGUACAGUGGUGUGUUGAGUCAGAUGUCUUUAAGUUCAAGAUCAUGAUCAAGGACAAACCCAUAACCAGAAGAGGGAUCCUUUCCAUGGUCAGCUCAAUCUUUGACCCAUUAGGAAUAUUGGCACCUGUGGUCCUAUCAGCCAAGAUGAUUCUUCAAGACUUGUGCAGAAGGGAACUUGGUUGGGAUGAUAUUAUACCAGCCUCAGCUGCACAAGAGUGGAAAAGUUGGCUGAAGGAGCUCUGCAAUCUCGAAGAGUUUAAAGUUGACAGAUGCCUAAAACCGGUGGAUUUUGGGGAAGUGACCUCUGCUCAGCUACACCACUUUGCAGAUGCAAGUGAAGACGGCUAUGGAACAGUGACUUACCUGUUAUUACAUAACAUCAAAGGACAAGUGCACUGUGUCUUCAUUAUGGGAAAAGCUAGAGUGGCCCCAUUGAAACCAAUAACCAUCCCUCGAAUGGAAUUGACGGCUGCCGUGGUUGCAAGUCGUAUGGACAAGAUGUGUAGGAAGGAGCUGCAAAUGCAACUUAAAGACUCCAUCUUUUGGACUGAUAGUACUUCCGUAUUAAAGUACAUCAGUAAUGAGACCUUAAGGUUUCGAACCUUCGUCGCAAACAGGGUUUCAAAAAUACGCAGCGUAUCAAAUCCAUCUCAGUGGAGAUAUGUUCCCACCGCAAGCAAUCCUGCCGACUGGGCUUCCAGGGGAGUCAAAGUGGAAACGCUCCUGAAAGAUGACACAUGGGUGUCUGGACCUCAGUUUCUCACUGGACCUGAAGAACAGUGGCCUGUGAACCCUGAUGGCUCUGAAAUGGCACCAGAAGACCCUGAGGUCAAGAUAAGUCUGAAUGUGAACGCUGUGCAGGUUGAAAAAGAGAUGGAUGCUGUAACCCGAUUGAUCAAUCACUUCUCUUCUUGGAUCCACCUGAAGAAGAUGGUUGGUUGGAUCCUCAGGUUGAAAAAGGAAGCAAUUGAGUCUGACUCUUGCUCAGUCUGGCUUGAAUAA